UCGCUAGUGCGCUCGUCGCGUUGCCGACCGCUCGCCCCGCCCUGAAACGAGGGAGCUCGGCGACGGCAACUAGGGGGGGCACGGCAGCGAGGCGCGCACGCAGGCCACAGAAACGGGCGGCGCGGACGCAAAGCGAAGGCAUCAGCAUCCGAGGUAGUAGCAGGCAGGAGACCUAUCUAUCAUUCUAUCCAUCGCACCGAGUGCGCAUCGACACGGCCCACCAGCCGAGCAGUCCAGUCCAGUCUAGUCCACCACAAGUCCCCACAGCCGCAGUAGGAACCGAACCGGCCGAGAGGGAGGCCGGAGGGGGGAGAGCAGCGCAGCGCAGCGCGCGGGGUGGGAGUGGGAGCCGCGGCAUGGCGUCCGGCGUGUCGCCGAGCAUGGCGCUGGCGCUGGCGGGCUUCUGCUUCAGCCUCAUCUUCAUCGCCUUCGUCUGCUCCCGCCUCGCCUGCGCGCUCCUCCGCCGCCGCCGCCGCCGGGCCCGCUCGCGCCUCCUCGCCCUCCCGCGCUACUACACCGACUACUCCUUCGCCGCCCACCACCCCGCGCCCGGCGGAGGCGGCGGGCUCGGGCUCGGCCCCGCCGCCGUCGCAGCCCUCCCCACCCGCGCCUUCGCCGCCCGCCCCCGCGGCUCCGCCGCCUCCGACGCCGAGUCCCAGUGCGUCAUUUGUCUCGAAGAAUACGAAGAGAGGGACGUGCUACGCGUCCUCCCUCACUGCGGCCAUGACUUCCACAUGGCAUGUAUACAUGUAUGGCUGGAGCAGAACUCGACCUGCCCCGUCUGUAGAAUCUCGUUGCUCGAUAAUCCCAACAGCGAGCACAAUGCCCCUCCGCCGCCGCCGCCGCCGCUACCCGGUGUAGCAGUGACGAUGAGCUCUCCAGGCUCUCCUGAGCCGCCAGGCUCCGACCCGUGCCGCUGCCUGUUCGCCGGUGCCGGGCACUCGUCGAGGGCGUCAUCAGAGGCUCCUCCUAGGCACGAGCCCGACCAGGAGAAUCAGGUGGCGUCUGGGCCAUCGGUGGACGGGGGUGCUAACAGUAACGGCAUGCCGCUGUCCGAAGUUAACCCCACUCCACCCGAGAGCAACAGCCAGACAGUGAGGAAGCAGCAGCCAGGGCCCUGCAAAUAGCAGCUGCCUGGAGUCGGCGAGGCGAGAUCGCUGUUCUGCAGCGGUCUGCUGCAGGACGAGCAAACACCUGUACAGUGGCAGAUGGCUGUCUGGCUGCUGUAGGUUGGGGUUUGAUGAGGGUAUGGUGUAAAUAUGAGAAAUCAUUCAGAUUUGUUGUUGGAAACCAAACACACUUCAUCUGUUCAGUUCAGUAUUGAUGCUGAAAACAGCAACCCCCCGUGGUAUGCGGAUACGGGAUACCACAGAGAGAUUCAACCAUCGGUGAAUUCGCCAAAAGGCUAGUAACUAUUCAUGUC